GAUAAAAAGAGGGCAAAUAUUCUGAAGGCGUUUAAACUCUAACUAAAUGGCUUCAUCUGAAAAUAGUGGUUUUAUUUUUACAUGGUCAAUUGAAAACAUCCAUUACAUAGCUCUAAACAGAGAACUGACAAGUCCGACGUUUAUUGCUGACUGUUUGGAUAAGACCGAAUGGCGUUUGGGGGUGGUUUUGAGACUUAAUGAAGACCAGAAGAUAGAGAAGUAUUUACAACUGUAUAAAGUACCAACUGAACCUUACUACUACCCCAUUAGUUAUGAAUUCUCGGUUUUCGAUGCUAGCAAUAAAAAAUUGGAAUCCUUUAAAGUCAGAGGGUUUCGAUUUCAUAGAGGUAGUUCCACCGGAGAAUCAAAGCUUUAUGAUCGCACAGAAUAUUUCUCAAAGAUAAAAACCAUUCAGUGUCGCUUGUGGGCGAAUGAAAAAGAUAGUGUUACUGAGCAAGGCUUCGGUCACACAUCUAUAUGUUUUGAGAGAAGAUAUUUCGCAUGGACAAUUGAGAAAUUUAGUGAACUGUGGAGGAAGACCAGUUAUAUGACAAUCGAAUCCAAAAAAUGCCCAUCAAAGAGCAUUAACUUGAUACUGAACACUUCACUUACCUGUGAAAGGAAAUUGCAAGUUGAGUUAAGAAAUAACUUGACUUGCAAAUGGUGCUACACUGGCAACUGUUGUCCGUAUCCGUACGUGCAAGGUUGUGAAAUUUCAAUUGUAGAUUCCAAAGGCAAUGUAAUGGUCCUUACUGGCCAAGAGAAAUGGAAAAGUGCUGAAGAAUGCGAUGGAAUAAAAGCUCCAAAAGGCAAAAGUCACGACAAAUAUUAUUUUCAGUUUCCGCUGAACUCCACAAACAAAGAGUUUGUUGAAACUUGCGUCCAAAAUGAUUCAUUAUCAUUUCGCUGUGAAUGUGAUAUAUGUUUCGGUUUUGAGACAAGUCAACUUGAAAACGCACCAAAGGAAUGUACUGAUAUUGAAAAACGGCAGGACUGCGACUGCUGCAAGACAGCAAUUUCAUCAAGUGCCCCUCCCACCAAUUUUAUGGAAGAAAUGCAACAGUUACUUGCUGAAAAACAGUUUUGUGACUUCACACUGAAAACUGAAAUUGAAACUUUUCCUGUGCACAAAGCCAUCCUCAGUGUCAGAUCUCCUGUCUUCAAAGCUAUAUUCUCCCAUGACAUGAGAGAAAACACGAAUCAGAAUAUCGACAUUCCUGAUUUAAAUGCGGCCACUGUCAGACGAAUGUUUGUAUACAUAUACACCGACAAAAUUGACAACAUUUCAUGGAACGAUGCUUUUGACUUAUAUAUCGCGGGUGACAAAUAUCAAAUGUUGAAUCUGAAAGAGAGGUGUUCGUUCAUAUUGAAAUCUAACCUUCAUCCAUCGAAUGCUUGCGAAAUAUUGGUUCUAGCAGAUGAACGCCAUGACGAAGAGCUUAAAAAAGCAGCAGAGGAUUACAUAAUAGAUCAUGAUGUAGAAAUAAUCCGCAUGGAUGCGUGGAAAGAUAUAGAAAAAAACAAUCCCAGUUUGGGAGUCGAUAUUUUGAGACAGAUUGUCAUCAAAAGACAAAAGGUUUGAUUUAAGUCAAGAUUAAUUGUAAAAUAAAAGUUUACAUAGUUAUGCAAUCGGGAGUUAAUAAGAGAUUUUGAAUUUAUUUUUGAAAAUUGUUCUUAAGUGCGUGUAUUAUCCUGUAAAAAUCGUAUCAUCUUUUUUACUAGACUUCUUACACUGAUUGACGAGUUUUAGUAAAAGUUCCUUGAUAGAAAUAGCUGUAUAUCAAAAUAUCGUGAAAUUGAUUCCUUUUUGAGUAAUACCGUCUAUAUAAAAAUAGAUUUUUAUUAACCCUUAACUGGGGACGUGCGGUCCGUGAGACCGCUAGCGAUGGAUUUUCUGUCACCCCUAUUCUAUUUUUAGCUCAAUUGAAUGGAUUGACCCUAUAGCUUCCUGUUUUGAGACUUUCAAUACACUUGCACUGUUUCAACCGAUUUUAGCAGAUGCUUUUUAAAAUAAUUCAGUUAUUUCUUCUAGCGCGGUCUCUAAGACUGCAUCUCCCUGUUAGUGUCCCGAUGAUAAACAAGGCUUAGCAGAGGACGCUAAAACUUGGGCCCCGAAAUAUCAUCCAGUUUACUGAUCCUAUUAUGAAGCAGUGCUCCAGACACUUUUAAAUGAAGCAGAAAGUGAUUUUAAUGAUAAGGAUAACUGUACAGAAGAGUUUUUCGAUGAGAGUUCGCAUUCAACUGAUUUUGAUAUGUAUGUUCGAACAUAAUUAAUUUUUCUAGUGAUAAUGUAUUUUGAAAAACUUAUAAAAUAUAUUAAUAUACCAAGAGAUAUAUAUACAGAAUUUAUAGAUUGAUUUUUAUACUAGUUCUUAACCUGUAUGUUUAAAAUGCCCUAGAAAACCGUGCUAUGAAAAUCACACAAGCCGAUAAAAAAGGGUAACUUUUACCCAUUAUCAUUUUUUUUUAUUUUUCAUAUAAUUGUUGAAUUUUACAUUAUAUUGUCUUCUAUGUACCUUCAUAUACAGUAAAAAUAAAUAUGAUUUAAAGAGUAAAAAGUAAUAGGCUUUUUCAAGAAUAUUAUUUAUUGUAACAUGUAAUUUGAGAAGAAAAUGUAUGUUUAAACGCAAUUACUUUUUUCAAUGACAAUAUAUUUUGAAAAAUUUAUAAAACAUAUCUAUAUAUCAAGAAAAAUAUCUGCAAAAUAUGUUGGCAGUUUUUCAUACUAAUACAUUCAUUAGAAUUAAUUAUAGAAUUAAUUCUAACGAAUGAAUUAAUAAUAGAAUUUAAUUUGAGUCUAAAUAAAAUGCGGUCUCGUAGACCGCAUCUUCCCAGUUAAGGGUUAAUCUAUGUUAUAAACUGGAUAUAUUCAGUACUUAACAGCCAAUGUUUCUGAUGUAUAUCUAAUAAAAGUUUAUGCUAGAUAUAAUUGUGAAGCUAGAACUUUUUGGUACUUUUCAGCACUUUAAAAGAAUAGAAUUCGAAAGUAAAUUCCAUUCCUUGAUUUCCAUAAUUUAAUUU